AUGCCACCUCCCUCAAAUCAGCGAGCUGACAUUGAGCCCCCGGAGGAAAUCACUUGGGUAGCUGCCCAAGGCUUUAUGACCGGUGUUUUCCGCUUCGGUUCGGUCUCGAUCUUGGCCCAUAUGAUCUUUAAUCUUCCACACCCCUUCAUCUUCUCCACGCCUGCGCCCUCCCCUCCAACCACCCAAGGUCAACCCCGUCCUCGCCAAUCUCCCUUCUCCAAGGAAUACAUUCGAUCCCGUCUCUUACACCGACCUCUUGAAGGCUUCUCUGAAUGGAUCUCACCGACUGCCCGUGUGUACCGGGGCCUCACACCGCAAUUCAAGAUCUUCCUGCAGAUGGCAGCCAUGAUUCUUGGCGGCAGCAUCUGGGCUGAGCGACGUGUGUCCGAGUAUAUUGACCUGAUUCGGCAAAUCAAGCGGGUUGAGAGACAAGAGGCGGAGCGGGCGUCAGGCACACGCCGGUAA